CCGUCCCCACAUGCGGGAGAAGCCCCACCAGUGCUCGGUGUGUGGGAUGAGAUUCAGGAGAUCCGACUCCAUGGCCCAGCACCAGCUCAUCCACACAGAGGAGAAGCCACAUCAGUGCUCAGUGUGUGGGAAGAGAUUCAAGAGAUCUGACGCCAUGACCCGGCACCAGCGCAUCCACACAGAGGAGAAACCACAUCAGUGCUCAGUGUGUGGGAAGAGAUUCAGGAGAUCCGGCUCCAUGGCCGAGCACCAGCGCAUCCACACAGGGGAGAAGCCGCAUCAGUGCUCUGUAUGUGGGAAGAGAUUCACCCAAUCUGCCACCCUAGCCAACCACCACCGUAUCCACACAGGGGAGAAGCCGCAUCAGUGCUCUGUAUGUGGGAAGAGAUUCACCCAAUCUGCCACCCUAGCCAACCACCACCGUAUCCACACAGGGGAGAAGCCGCAUCAGUGCUCUGUAUGUGGGAAGAGAUUCACCCAAUCUGCCACCCUAGCCAACCACCACCGUAUCCACACAGGGGAGAAGCCAUAUCACUGCUCUGAGUGUGGGAAGAGAUUCACCCAAUCUGGCCAUCUUUCCCAGCACCAGCGUGUCCACACAGGGGAGAAACCACAUAAAAGAUCUGUGUGUGGAAAGAGUUUCAGUCACUCCUCCAACGUGGCCCAGCACCAGCGUACCCACACGGGGGAAAAGCCACAUCAGUGCUCGGUGUGUGGGAAGAGAUUUACUCAAUAUGGGUCCCUGGCCCAGCACCGGCGCAUCCACACAGGGGAGAAACCACAUCAGUGCUGUGUGUGUGGGAAGAGAUUCAGGAGAUCCGACUCCCUGGCCCGGCACCAGCACAUCCACACCGGGGAAAAGCCACAUGAGUGCACUGAGUGUGGGAAGAAGUUCUCCCACUCUGGGUCCCUGACUCACCACCACCGUACCCACAUGCGGGAGAAGCCCCACCAGUGCUCGGUGUGUGGGAUGAGAUUCAGGAGAUCCGACUCCAUGGCCCAGCACCAGCGCAUUCACACAGAGGAGAAGCCCCAUCAGUGCUCAGUGUGUGGGAAGAGCUUCACAAGAUCUGACGCCAUGACCCGGCACCAGCGCAUCCACACAGAGGAGAAGCCGCAUCAGUGCUCAGUGUGCGGGAAGAGAUUCAGGAGAUCCAGCUCCAUGGCUGAGCACCACCAUAUCCACACCGGGGAGAAGCCGCAUCAGUGCUCUGAGUGUGGGAAGAGAUUCAGCCACUCGGACACCCUGUCCAGACACCGCCUUAUCCACACAGGGGAGAAGCCACAUCAGUGCUCGGUGUGUGGGAAGAGAUUCGUUCAAUCCAGCCACCUGGCCCAGCACCAGCGCAUCCACACCGGGGAGAAGCCGCAUCAGUGCUCUGAGUGUGGGAAGAGAUUCAGCCACUCGGACACCCUGUCCAGACACCGCCUUAUCCACACAGGGGAGAAGCCACAUCAGUGCUCGGUGUGUGGGAAGAGAUUCGUUCAAUCCAGCCACCUGGCCCAGCACCAGCGCAUCCACACCGGAGAGAAGCCACAUCAGUGCUCUGAGUGUGGGAAGAGAUUCACCGACUCUGCCACCCUGGCCAAACACCACCAUACCCACACUGGGGAGAAGCUGCAUCAGUGCUCUGAGUGCGGGAAGAAAUUCAGCAAAUCCAGCCACCUGGCCCAACACCAGCUCAUUCACACUGGGGAGAAGCCGCAUCAGUGCUCAGUGUGUGGGAAGGGAUUCGCCGACUCUGCCAACCUGGCCAAACACCAGCGCAUCCACACCGGGGAGAAGCCACAUCAGUGCUCUGAGUGUGGGAAGAGGUUCACCCGAUCUGACCACCUUGCCCAGCACCAGCUUGUCCACACAAGGGUGAAGAGCUCUGUGUGUGGGAACAGUUUCAGUCACUCCUCCAACGUAGGCCGGCACCAGCGCAUCCAUACCCAGGAGCAUCCAUAAUCCUGCCAGCAAUGCAAGAAGGGCUUGCAGAUGCCUACCGGCUCAGUACCCCACAGUGUCUGCAUUCAGGCAAGUAGCCAUAUGCUGGUGGAGUGCAGAAAGGGGUCACCCAGCCUUCGGCCCUUACAGGGCACUGCAGGACCCCAAGGACACGGAUCCUGCCCCUCAAGAUUUGCUUGGUGGGGAGGGUUGAGCAGGAAACGCUACAGGCAGCACCCGCCCAGAUGCUGAAGAAGUGCCUUCACUAUAGGUGUCUUCCCCAGGACAACUUGCUGCACAUGACACCUAGGGACUGUCCUUGGCUGGUCUUCCAGCAUUGUCCUCCCUCCUGAUCCCAAGCUUUCCAGAGCUGAGCAUGCUGCAGGGCAGUGAGAUGGGAAUAAAGCAGGGCCUCGAACCAUACCAGGGCUGAUGUCUAUGGUUUCCCAGCCCCUUCCCUUUCCAGCCAUAAUGCAGGGGUUGUAGCUAACCCUGGGGAGCUGGAGUUGGUCACACGCGAGGCAUUGAUCCCAUGUCCUGCUGUGCAGCAAGGAUGCUGUCUUGGGGGUUUUGAAGGAACCUCGUGCAUGGGGGCAGCCGAGUCCGUUUUCUGGGUGAAAUGGGGCAGGAAGGGUGAAGAAGGUGCAACCUGUACCAGGGUGGGGAAAGCAUGAGGACGUGCUCUGCAUGAAAUGCAGCAUGUUGUAAUCUCCCACGAUGAAUGUUGAUGGUCCCGGUAAAGCAUCUGGUCAUAGCAGAGAGGACGAUCACUUCACAUCAGCUCUAGGCAGCAGCCGCCGCCACCCCGCAUAGUUCCCCUGGCCCCGGAGUGUCUCAAUCCCGGGGAUGCGAUGGCCUGCGCCGGGCUCUGCGCAAGUCAGGAUCCUCGCCAGAGUUGAGGAACCACCCGUAAGUUAAAGUACAGCUUAUAUAGUCUGGAGUAAAUAACGUCAUCUCGAACUAGGGAUUUGGUUAUCUCAAGCUAGGAAUUUGGGGAUGAGUCACGAUCCAACACACCUGGUGUUUACCACACUCCCCUGUAUUACAACAUUGUACUGUCUAGGUUCAUGGUUCGGUCACGCUCACAGAGCAAGAAGCUACGUGCUAUAAUACCGGCCUACUAUGGAGUCAGCAUACAAAACUCUUGCUAUGAGCAUUUAGCAAAGCCCUUACUAGUACAGCCCCUGCUAGACAAACUGGAUCAGGCCCCAUGUAGGGAUGUUUCCAGCUUCCCUUUCUGCAAAGUGAAAGGCCAAAUGGCUGCAUCUCUCCCACAGCACCUCCAGCAACUGACUGGGAACAUGGGAAAGUCCAGCUGGGAACCUGCUGAUGAUGUGAGGACCCCACUUCCCCCGUAGCUACAGCCAUGUUGGGCUACAAUUCCUAUAUGGAUGAUGGCAUUGCACGAGGAGGGAUAAAGCCAGUCAAUCUUUCCUUUUAAUUCUCCCUUUGGUUCAGUUUCCAGAGACCCAAAGGGCUGCUGAGCAAGUGAAGUUGGAGGUGGUAGUUUAGAGUCCAGUUUCACAUGACACUAAGAUGUGGGAAGAAUUGAGGACACUAGAAGAGAGGGGCAGGCUACAACUAGAUCUCGACAGCUUACAGAGGUGGGUGGAUGAGAACAGGAUGGGUUUCAAUAUGGACAAGUGCAAG